ACUGCCCAGCAGUGCCCGGGAAGCCUCGCGAGGACUCCAUUUCCCAGAGUGCUGCGGGAGGGGCCGCCCCCUCUACCUGGCCCCAAGCGUGGCUGGAGGCUCCGCCAGUGCCGGAAGUGGCUCUCCGGACCUCGGGCAGGUGCAGCCAACAUGGGUGAGCCCCAGGGGUCCAUGCGGAUCUUAGUGACAGGGAGCUCUGGGCUGGUGGGCAGAGCCAUCCAGAAGGUGGUAGCAGAUGGGGCCAGGCUGCCUGGAGAGGACUGGGUGUUCGUCUCCUCCAAGGACGCUGAUCUCACGGAUGCUGCACAGACCCGAGCCCUAUUUGAAAAAGUCCGGCCCACGCAUGUCAUCCAUCUUGCUGCAAUGGUGGGGGGCCUGUUCCGGAAUAUCAAAUACAAUUUAGACUUCUGGAGGAAAAACGUGCACAUCAACGACAACGUCCUGCACUCGGCUUUUGAGGUGGGCGCGCGAAAGGUGGUCUCCUGCCUGUCCACCUGCAUCUUCCCUGACAAGACCACCUAUCCUAUCGACGAGACUAUGAUCCACAAUGGGCCUCCGCACAGCAGCAAUUUUGGCUACUCCUAUGCCAAGAGGAUGAUCGACGUGCAGAACAGGGCCUACUUCCAGCAGCAUGGCUGCACCUUCACUGCUGUCAUCCCCACCAACGUCUUUGGGCCCCAUGACAACUUCAACAUCGAGGACGGCCACGUGCUGCCCGGCCUCAUCCACAAGGUGCACCUGGCCAAGAGCAGUGGCUCAGCCCUGACGGUGUGGGGUACGGGGAAGCCGCGGAGACAGUUCAUCUACUCACUGGACCUGGCCCGGCUCUUCAUCUGGGUCCUUCGAGAGUACAAUGAGGUGGAACCCAUCAUCCUCUCAGUGGGCGAGGAGGAUGAGGUCUCCAUCCAGGAGGCAGCCGAGGCUGUGGUGGAGGCCAUGGACUUCCAUGGUGACGUCACUUUUGAUACAACCAAGUCAGACGGGCAGUUUAAGAAGACAGCCAGUAAUGGCAAGCUGCGGGCCUACCUGCCUGACUUCCGGUUCACACCCUUCAAGCAGGCUGUGAAGGAGACCUGUGCCUGGUUCACCGACAACUACGAGCAGGCCCGGAAAUGAAGCACAGUGGCGGGAGCAGCGCCGGCUUACCCCCCAAGGCCCCAGGGGCCCCUCAGCUAGCAGAGCCCAGUAGCAACUAUGCUCAGACCCUGCCAGAGUCGAGGGCGCUGCCCAGCAGCCUGGCCCACGUUCCACCCCCUCUACCAGGGUGGCUCCAGGCAGCUGUCCAGCAGGGCCACCAGUCAUGUCUGUCCUCAGGGAAACCAAGGCCUGACCAGGCCAGACACCUCAUUACCCAGUGCCAGUCCCUGGGUCCUGAUGUGUCCCCUUCUGAUCCCGCUCUCCUACUCCUUGGGAGCCAAUAAAGUGCAUUUUCACAGGC